AUGUCCACCACCAUCGACAAUCGUGUCGACCAGAAGGGGCCAGCCUACGAUAUUGAGGGCACAGCAGAAAGCACCAACUCAGCAGCACCUCCCGAGAAAGGUGACCUAUCGUCGCAGCAAGACGAAGGUACCAUCAUCAAUAGCUAUGCUGCACCGCAGUCGAUCAAAGAGUUUCUCAGAGUACUCACAACAGCUGGCGUCGAGCUGCGCGGUCUUGAGCCUGUCCCUCUGCAAGACAGGACGCACACCAAAUACUACAACAUCAUGACGCUUUUCGGGGGCUCAUUCAUCUCUUUGCUACCGAUCUCAAUCGGGACGACACCCACGCUGGUUUUCGGUCUCUCUUUCAGUCAUGCUGCUGCCAUGAUCUCCGUGCAGUUUCGUUAUGUCUUUGGCAAAUAUCCCAACAUCUUCUUCUGCUUGAUCGUCAUCGUGGAAAUCGGCAUUUUCGGCAUCCUGGCCGCCGUAGGCGGCGCUGAGUGUCUCGCAGCAAUCCGCGCAGGCACAUUGCCAGUCGAAGGUGGCAUCGGUAUCAUCAUGGCCGUGGCGCUGAUCAUGGCCUUCUUUGGCUACCGUGCUAUCCACCUUGUCUGCCAAUACAUCUGGAUUCCCAACUCGAUCUGCAUCCUGAUCCUCGUUGGCUGCGCCGCAAAAGGUCUGCACAAUCAGGCAGGUGUAGCCGCACCACCCGGUAUUGCGGGACCAUACCUCUCGACUCUGGCUAUCUGCGCGGGCAACAUGGCGACUUGGGGAACCAUCGUGGGCGAUUACUCCUGCUAUAUGCCGCCGACAGCCCCUCGAAAGCGGUUGGCAAUGUAUUGCUUUCUGGGACUGUACGUGCCCUUCACCCUGAUGAUGCUGUUUGGCGCCGCCAUCGGAGGAGUAGUCACCCAAAAUGCCACUUGGAUAGCUGCAUACGAGCAGGGCAGCUUCGGUGCUGUGCUGGGAGAGAUCCUGACCUCACGCGUCGGAGGCUUUGGCCGGUUCCUCUUGGUCAUCUUAGGUUUCUCGAUUGUCACGACGUCGGCCCGGGACAUGUACAGCAUCUCGAUCUUCGUUGCAGGCGUGGUGCCCUGGCUUCACAGGGUCCCACGUAUCGUGCUUCUGAUGCUGGUGGCAGGCGCAAUGGUCGGUAUUGGUAUUGCAGCAUCGCGGUCUUUCCUACCAGCACUUAGCGCACUGGUCAGUAUCGCCGGCUAUAUCACUGGUCCGACAAUCAGUGUGUUCUUGGUCGAGUGGUUCCUGUUCCGGAAAGCUGACCCUAGCACAAUCGACCCGAAAAUUUGGAACAACAGUGCUGCACUACCUUCCGGAUUCCCUGCGCUGAUUGCCUGUUCCGUGCCCUGGGCUGUCAUCGUGCUUUCGAUGGCAACAACGUGGUACGUCGGACCUAUUGCGAAAGCUGCUGGAGACCUUGCGUAUCCGUUGGGCGCGGCAUGUUCGAUCUUGUUGUAUGUGCCUUUGAGGGCCUUCGAGAUAAAGUAUCGUGGUCGUCUCUGA